CGACACCCGAGAAUAUGUCAUGUCUCUCCACGGCCAAGCAAGGGGUACGGCUAUGUGUCGCAAAAAGAAAGCAGAAAAGACUUCCCAAUACCUUCUAUUGGUGGGGAACUCCUGAGACUGAGAAGAAACAAUUGCCUUGAUUUCCACACAUGCGCAAUCAUGAACGCCUCAAAGAAGAAAGAAGUAUCGAAGUGGAGAGCAAAGGGUGAAGGGCGGAGGGUGAAAAUUCCUCACUGUGCCAUUUUCCUCUCAACUUCGACUACAUAUUUCUGACUUGCCGAUCAGAGGAAACAUUCACGAAUUUCAACUCAACAGUGUACUCAGAACACUACCAUCCCAAAAGUCUCAAUUUCACCAUGCGAUCCAAUAAUUCCAUACAAAUCCUGUUCUUAACCUCAUUAAUCCUCUUCGCUGUCUUCGUUGCCGUCCCGUCAAAGGCCAGGUCGAAGGUACCAUUCUCAAUUCCAACACUAGAGACUUUCCAUUUCAUACCCAUCUCACGUCCAAAUCUCAAUGCAUUUAUGCAACAAUCCGAAGUAAUAUAUCAGCGGGGAGUCGCAAAAAGAAGAGAGAUUAGACGUACCUUUCCAGAUCGAGGGUUCUUUCCUGCCAAGGAUGCAAACACUUUCAGGGAAACUCCAUGGAGUAUUUGGGAUCUAGUGACCCCGAGUUAUGGUUGUCCUUGGGAAAUGGAGAGACUUGGUAGGCUUGGGGAAGGAGGUUGGUGGAUUUGUGGGAUUAGUAAAUUUGUGGAAGGGAAAAUGCCUUGUGUGGUUUAUAGUUUUGGUAGGUGGUAAUCCUGUGAUCCUAAGGUCAGAGAUCUUUAAUGACUCGAAAUGAAAAUAGGUGUAGGAAACGACUCCUCAUUCGAAGCCGAAAUACUCGGUCGAACGAAGUGUGAAGUUUGGGGUUAUGAUCAACAUGUACCAGGUUUUAACUUUGGUCCGGAAGUCAAUGAAGAAAUGAGAGGAAGGGCACAUUUUGAGAGAAAUGGAGCAAAUGGAGCUACGGAUGAGGGUAAUCGGCUUUUUACCAUUCAAGAAUUGAUGAAAAGGAAUGGGCAUGAUUAUAUGUAAGUAUCUCCAUGUCUAUGUUUUCAUCCUUAUCAAAUUCUUUUUACCCUUUGCCCUUCAUAAAAAAGAGGAAAGACUAAUGCUCGAGAUUUUGGUAACAUAGUGACAUUCUGAAAACGGAUAUAGAAUAUUCGGAAUAUAAUGCUCUCUCUUCUCUAAACGGUCAUACACUUCCUGGAGGAGCAGGUGCACUUACGUCUCCUGACCCAGCAAAACCAGAAUUUCCCAUUGGUCAAAUAUUGGUGGAAAUGCAUAUUUUUGAGUGGCAAGGUAUUACUGCAAGUGUUUUUCUGGAUUGGUGGGAAAGUAUGGAAUUUAGGGGAUUAAGAGCUCUGCAUAGGGAGAUUGACACGGUCGCACCAGGCAUGGGUGUUGAGGGAGGGGGAGUUAAGUUGUGCAGUGUGAGUAUUCAUUCCCAAUGACAGAUUUAUAUUGAGUAAAAUGCGCUAACAUGAGAAAAUUGACCUAGUAUACGUUGUUAAAUGUACAGGAUUCAAGAAAUAGACUUUAUCAUAGGUGAAAUCUGUUAGGUGGACAAGAGAUAUGUCUCGAGAGGCUAUUUGGAAGGGGUUUG